GCGGGAGCCGGCGGGAGGGGGAGGGCGCUGCGGGGCUGCCUGGUGCGCGUCCGCCGCCGCGCUCCGUCUGCGCUGGGGACGCGCUUGAGGCGGCCGCGGCGGGUCUGUGUGAAGUCCCCCAUUCCCUCUGCCCAAAUCUCUUCCUCUGAAGCGGUCACCAGCGUGUGGAGCCUGCCCCACACCCAUCACCUGCCAAACCACGGCCUUUACCUGUGUCUUCCGGUGUUUCCCGUGCGACCCGUCCUGCGGGAGUGCCUCCUGGGCCACCCCAGAGUUCACACAGCGCUCAGUGGCUCCAAUGGUGAAGAUGACAAGGUCCAAGACUUUCCAGGCAUAUCUGCCUUCGUGCCACAGGACCUAUAGCUGCAUUCACUGCAGGGCUCAUCUUGCCAACCACGAUGAGCUCAUUUCCAAGUCCUUUCAAGGAAGCCAAGGACGAGCAUACCUCUUCAAUUCAGUAGUUAACGUGGGUUGUGGCCCUGCAGAGGAGCGGGUGUUACUAACGGGAUUACAUGCGGUUGCAGAUAUUUACUGUGAAAACUGCAAAACCACACUGGGUUGGAAAUAUGAACACGCUUUUGAAAGCAGCCAGAAGUAUAAAGAAGGCAAAUACAUCAUUGAACUAGCUCACAUGAUCAAGGAUAAUGGCUGGGAUUGAAUGGGAAGAGCCCAGCCCUACCAGCGUGUAAGAGAAUGCCAUCCAACCGAACAUUAUAUCCAAGAGUGAGAGAGUGACUGAACGCUUGGUUCCAUGCAUUUAGAGGCUCUGCAGUUUGGGAGCAUCUUCACACCCUUCUCCAUCUUUAUCGGUGACUGGCCUCUAAAUUUCUGUCUCUCUGUCUCUUUGCUUUGUAUCUGUUUGUGAGUUGACCCUGGCUGCUUCUCUCUCUGUUCUGGCGUUGGCUAAGAGAAUGCACCGAAUGCCCAACAGCCAUUCCAUGUUGACGAGUGCUUGAGUACAAACUGAAGUUGGCUCUGUGGUGGCAUUUUAUCAGAAGGUCUCGGUGCGAGAGGAAGACCCGAGUUUUGGGCAGGAGAAGGUGAUAGGGGGUGGGGAAUGGGCCCAAAGGGAAGUCGUCAGAAGUUGAAGCUGUACUUCUCCUUUAAGUCCUGGUUAACCAAGGCUUGAAACUAUCUACUUGUCUAAAUGGACAGAAAAAUACCUCACGGCUGCGUUCUCUCCAAGUGAUAAAACCGCUGCUCCGUCGGUGGAGCUUCAGUCUACGCUGGCUGAGCACAAGUCAUGAGCAGUUCCCCCCGCAAGCUGAUUGCAAAUCUGUGUUUUGUUUGCCAUUUAUGAACUUGUCUUCUUGGGGGGAGGAUGUGAAGGCUGGAGAGAUUCCCUGCCUCCCGUUUCUCUCGCUGGUUCAGGGUAGGUAGGCCAAACAUCCCAACAGAACACAGCUGUGGGGAGCGUCCUCACUGCUGGAGAAACCAAAUCCUGACGACCCUUCAGACAGGAGGAGAAAACCGCUUAAGGCACAAGGGGGCUGGAGCUGCAGCUUAGAAGGUAUGACGGGGGGAAAACCAGCAUGUGUUAGGCAAGAAAGAGGAAAUCACGUAGAGGAGGAUGGGGACAAACUUAGUAACACAGGGUACUUUUUGAUUUCCUGGCCUCCACUGAGCAUCCCUGGGGGUCUUUUACCAAUCCUUCAUGAGUGCAAGUAGGAAAAUGCUGUUACAGAAUCUGUAUCUUAAAUCCCAGGCCACAGCCAUCAGCUUCACUCUUGGAGCCUGGCAAAGAACUGGUGUGAGUGUGGGGAGAGGAGGGAGCAGAGGAGCCUGGUGGCUGUAGCGGUGUUGCACAGGUGGAUAUUUCAAGCCAUGAGGUAUCCUCCCCGAAACCUUCCUCCCUUUUCCCACUCCCAGAAGCCUGUUGCAGGCACAGUGGGAAUGGGAAAGAAAAAAAGAAAUUCAACCCCUGGAAUUGUCUAUGCCUUGGAAUUCAAAGGGAAGGGGUAAGUGUGGGCAUCACAACUGCAAGGGGCAAGUCCUUCCCAUUUUAAUGUUUUCAUUUUAAUUACCGUGGACCUUCCCGUGGUGGUCAGUGGGGAAGGAGCAGUGUGUGUGUGAGAGGGGAGCUGUGUUAGACAUAAAUGACAAUGUGAGGUUUGCUCUGCAACAGUCCAGCCAGUAUCUGGUGCAUAACUACAGCCUAUUUAACUGCGUUAGUUUUGUCUCUCCGAGUGAAUUUUCUUUUUGUUGGUGGAAUUUUUUCAAGUAGGUUAAUCCAUUGGGGGAAAUCUUUCUUAAUCCAGAAGGAAAGAGUAUUGUGCAGGGGUGUGUAACUCCUUAUGAAACUGAAGCUUUGGAGCUGUAAUCUGUUCCCACUUGCCCCCACCCCAGGAGACUCUCAGUUGGCUGGGGGCAGCAGGACGGAGGGCUGGUGCUGAGAAAGUAAUUUGCUGUUAAAUGAAGGGGAUGUGAGCAGAGAUGCUGCCUGGGGAUCAGGGUGCAACUUACGUGUUGGGUCUUUGUGCUGAAGCCCAAACCUGGUGGCCCAUCUAAGCAAAGACCAGUUUUUCUCUCAAACCACUUUCUUUCCAGCCUUGGAGAGAGAAGUGAGAUGGAAGCUGGCCAUGGCUCCUGCAGGGGAUGGGCUUUGCUCACUUUGUGGCUAGCCUGUUAGGAGGUGGCUUCUGCCUUCACCCUUUCUGCUGGGGCUGUGUAACAGUUGCUUCACCUUUUGUUUCUGAUGGUCUCUGCUUCCAUCAUCCACAUUGUCUUCAGUGAUAAAAAUCUAAUAGCAGUCAACACUUCUGCAGUACCCUCAAUCUUGUUGACUUUGGCACUGACCUGGUCCCAUUUUCCUCUCCUUUGGUUGGUGAUCCGGGACAAUCUAUUGGGGUCUGACUAAUGGGAAGUAAUUUGUGUUCUGUGAAGGUCUCUUCAGGUCUCCCCAGAUAAGCAGCCUUCAAACAGGUCUGGUUGGAGCUGGGAGAAGUAAGGGAUAACCCCAAAUCCUUAAGAUGAGGUUGAGAAGAACACACAGGGGCUCAGGGUUUUAUGCUGGUAUUUAGAUUGAUUUCGUAUAAAAAAGAGAUAUAAAAGGUAGGCCUGUCCAGAGGACUGCUCUGAGAAAGAACAGUUACUACAGAAAGGUACCAGAUGUAAAUGUUUUUAUCCAUAUAUGUGGGACAAGAAAGGAUGGGGAUCCAUCGGAGCAGGCUGGUUUUAACUGUUCAGAGGGGUUGCACUUCGGUGGCAACCAGUCUAAGCUUGAACGCAGCAAGAUCUUAAUCUGGUUUUAAUUAGUUUUGUCACAUCAGCAUCCACAGCUUCACACUUGCUGAGAAUCUGUCCUUAAGCCCUGAUAGGGGCUGUGUCUGUGAACAUCCCCAGUGCACUCAGAUACUUAUGGAUAGAGUGACUUUCAUACACUGUACAGGGAGAUAAGGAAAAACAGGCUUGUGAAGCUCAUUGGCUUCUCUACUGUGUGUCCAUUGAAUAUGAAGUACUUUUUAAUCCGCUGCUAACUCAUCUGUUACUUGCUGUAUUAAGACACAUGGCAGUAUUGGGAGCUGGUGACCAGACAGGAUGACGAGAUCUGUGUGCUGGUAGCUGCCACAGUCUGCGCGGGCUCAGGUGAUGACUGGUAGGGUGAUCUAUUCAGAGCAUAACCAAAGAACCUCAAGAACCUCGCUAUCUGCAUCCUUGUGGCCCUGUGGCUUGUCUGCAGCCUGUUUGUUACUAUCUGGGGUGGGCAAGGUGGGACCAUUGUUUCCAAGCUGGAGAUGUGGCCCCUGGAAACUGCCUCCUUGGGCAGGCAGUGCCUGAAUGGAGAGCACCAAGUGCCCAUGGUGCUGCUUCCCGUGGGUGGUAUCCUUGAGAACACACGAACAGCAGUGAGAUUUGCUUUUGUUUUAUGUCGCAGCCUCGUCUCUGGCAAGCUGCAUGGACCCUUGAGUUUACAUGACCCCAUCCACCCCAAAGCUCAGACUUGAGCAGGUGUUAAAUUGUUUUGCUGUGGUGGAUUACCUGGUGUGAAAUCCUGACCCCUGUAAUAAAUAUUCAGAUAAUAAUAUAUAAAAAGCAGGAAAAAAAGAACCAUUAUCUUGUGAAAUACACUCUUGUAAAUAAUAUUUAAUUUAAAAAAAAUAAUAUAUUUGGUGCUGUUUUCUCAGAGUCCCUCCCUGAGAGCACUUUUCUGUUGUUUAUAAAUGAUACUGUUUCCUUCUGUAUUUGUUGGAAAAUAUGUUUAAAGGGAAACAAAAAAUCCUAAUACACGUUGUCCUCUGAGGUUGACCCGUUUUUCCUCUGGAGGUGGCAGGAGAGGGGAGCCAUUCCUGCUUCCAUCUGGCAGAAUUGGUCUCCAGUGCAGGCGAUGGCUGGGUGAGGGCAGGAGCUGAUGUGUGGGAUGGGAGGUAGGUGCAGGUGCCUGGGGAACGCUCCGGUGUCUGCAGUUCUGUGCUGGAGCAGCUUUUGUGGUCCGGCAGCCUGAGCCCUGGGUCACGUCGUGCUCCCACAGCAGGUGCCAGGGAGGCUCCGCCUGGGCACAGCUUUCUUGAGGAGGAGACCUGGUUUGUAGGAUCCGGGCCUGAAAUUUUCUCUUGCACCAGUAUUGGCUGGAGUGAGGUAGAUACCAAGGCUUAGAAACCAGGCUUGGGUGUAAGCUGCAGCCUCUGCAUUGCUGUUCCGGUUGCUUGGGGGCAGCAGGGAUGGAGGGUGGAGAUUUUUAAGUAGCUGUUGUUUUUAAACUAGAAGUUCAGUCUUUGGACGUGGGUCCUGGUUUUCUCUUGGAUUCUUUCCUUGUUGUUGGUUUGUUGUUUGUUUGGGGUUUGGUUUUUUGUUUUACUUUAAACCAGGCUGCUACAUCCCAGACUAGAGUAAAAGUUUACCUCUGGCAGGAAGGGGGAGUUUGUUUUGUUUUCCUUUCUGUCUUUAACUUCCCUCCUUCUCCCCCUUCUUUGUUUUUAUUUCAUUGGGUCUCUUGUUUAUCCCAAAGUGGACCAACAGCACAAGCCACUGAACUGUGUUUUGCUGAGCAAGGAGCUGGUUUCAGUGCUGAGCGACUCUUGUUGCACGCUCCUCAGUUCUCUGGGUUUGGUGCACAUGAUUUAAGAAGAUACGAGAGAAAAGCCACGAAAUCUGUUGUUCUUGUGAUGAUCAAGCAAGAACCUUCUCUGCCUGCAGGUUUCUAACUGGUGUGUGAGUGCUAAUCAUGCAUUUCACUGCACCUCCUUGUUUUGAGAGGAGCAUCAUGUUUCGUGUGAACCAGUUCUUGGAUGAAGAGGUGACACCCAAGACCCGGUUGGGUAAAGAGGUUGGUGAGAUCCAGAGCUCAGCUCAGUGGGAAGCAGCUCUUCUCACCGGGUGAGAGGCUCAGAAAUGAAAUGUUCAGAAAGAAUUGUUUUAGCUGGAGGUUUUGCAGGAUCCUGUUCAAAAAGAGGGGAAACAAAAUCAUCUCGAAUUCAGAAACAAGAAACCAACAUAUUUAAACGCAAGCAGAAUGGCAUUGUGUAAGGUACAACCACAAAUAAGCUAUUCUCAUAGUUGCAAACUGUGUGUAUCCUUUGGUUUGUUUUUCAUAAGGAAAUGGGAAUGCUUUCCCCACUGACAAAGCUAAAGGACAAUAUUUCCAAUACCAGCCUGUCUAUGGAUGCUCUUGUGUUUACAAAUUGUGUAUAAUUUUAUUUCUUUGAUCUUCAUUUUUUGGUUGGUUUUGGUUUUUUUGCAUAUUCUUUCAGGUCAUUUGCUUCAGUAAUAAAUGCAACCGUUUGUUUUCAAAGAGUUGGGUUUCACCUUCUCAUGUGUUUGUACCUUGUACAUAGUUCUUCAGUAUUAGAGGGAGGCUAUUGUUUGUCAUAUUUACAAUAUGUGGUGGUGCUCAUUUGAGGAAAUAAAAUUUUCAAGUACUAAA